CGGAGGUUAUCACAUUCGGCGUUGACAGUGGAGAAAAUUUCGAAACAUGUAAGGUAUAGAUUCUUUCCAUAGAGCUUGGACUUCAUGUUCACCGUCCCAUACAAUAGAUGUGACAGCGAAUUUGCGUCACUCUAUUGGCAAUACUAGCGCUCAGAGCCUGUAAAAUCAGUACUAUCGCCUGAGCGCUCAGAGCCUGUGGAAAACUGUACUAAUCGUACUCAUAAUAGCUAAUACAGAGGCAGUCGAUUGAACUAUGAUUUAUUUUCUACAAUAUUAAUUUUUUUCCGUAUACAUCGCAUGUGAAUCUUCUCCGUGGUGCAGAGUCAGAAACUUUCAAGCUAUAAAAAGAAAAAUGACAAACAUGCGGAGAUCUUGCAGCUGAGAAAUGUAAACAUUAGAUUGCCGUGAUCGAAUUUUUUGAAGUCGUCUGAUAAAACUUCGAAGACAAUGAGGGCGAGGGCUACUGCAAUUAAGGCGGCCAAUAGUGGCGGCGGUGAAGAGGCGGAGGACGGUCCACGCGGUGGCGGCGUAGGAAGCGGAGUAGGGGCGAAGAAGAAGGGCGUAGGCGUGAGGGCAUGGCUGCUGCUCGACUCGUCCGGGCAGGCACAGGUCGUGGAGGCCGGAAAACAUGCAAUCAUGCGCCGCACGGGGCUUCCUGCUCGUGAUUUGCGUAUUUUGGAUCCUUUGCUUUCUUAUCCGUCUACUGUACUUGGCCGAGAGCGAGCUAUUGUCAUCAAUUUGGAGCAUAUCAAGGCAAUUAUUACUGCGCAGGAGGUUCUUCUGCUUAAUUCCAGAGAUCCCGCUGUGGCUCCUUUUGUUGCUGAUCUCCAGCGCCGGUUAUCUGAUGCGUCUAAUACCCCCGUGCAGCCGGAAGGUGGAAACAGUGACAUGGAUGUGGAUCUUUCAAAAUCUGACAUGACAACCUUGUUAUCAAGGGAUGCUAAUAAUGGAGAACUUCCACAAACUGUGGACGAGAACUCCUUUCCAGAGAGACUUGAUACAAAAUAUAAUUAUUUGAAGGUGGAGAUGAAUGCUUUUGAAAACGGUCCAAAAGUUCUGCCAUUUGAAUUUAGAGCAUUGGAAGCUUGUCUUGAAGCUGCAUGUAGCUGCCUGGAGUCUGAGACUGGAGUUCUGGAAGAAGAGGCAUAUCCAGCACUGGAUGAGUUGACAUCUAAAAUAAGUACUCUCAAUCUUGAAAGAGUCAGACAAAUCAAAAGUCGUUUGGUUGCAAUAUCAGGUCGUGUUCAAAAGGUGAGAGAUGAAUUAGAGCACUUGCUUGAUGAUGAUGAGGAUAUGGCUGAGAUGUAUUUAACAGAUAAGUUGACUCAACUACUAGAUGGGAGUUCUUCUCCCUCUUCUUUUCAUGGUACUAGAGGUGGAAUGGAGCACGAGCUGACUCAUUUUGAUGCAGAGAAUGAAUGUGGUGCCGAAGCAUUGAGUGGCACAUUCAAUUCACUAGGUAGAGAUGUGGAUAGCAGCACAAGUAGCAGAACCCAUAGUGGUACUAAAGGUCUUGAUGUGGAGGAGUUGGAGAUGCUUCUGGAGGCUUACUUCGUCCAGAUUGAUGGAACGCUAAAUAAGCUAUCAACACUGAGAGAGUAUGUUGAUGAUACGGAGGAUUACAUCAAUAUUAUGCUGGAUGACAAACAGAAUCACCUUCUUCAAAUGGGUGUCAUGUUGACAACAGCGACUCUUGUUAUCAGUGCAGCUGUUGUUGUGGCAGGUCUAUUUGGCAUGAACAUCACGAUUGAUUUAUUCGAUCCUCCAGCUGGCUUGCCACAAUUUUUGUGGGUGGUUGGUGGUUGUAUAACAGGUAGUAUAUUCCUUUACAUUGUAGCAAUUGCAUGGUGUAAGCAUAGACGAUUACUUGAAUGAGCAUUUGUUUAUCCUGUAAUGGCUUAUUAUUCCAUGGAUCGUCUAUGUAAUUAUUUUUUCCAAGUUAAGAUCUUUGUUAUUCCAAUAAUCCGACAAAACAUCAAUGGCUUGUUAUUCCAAGCAUCAUCAUGUAAUCAACUUAAACAUAAUAAAUAUUAAUUAAAACAUGAUUAUAUAUUAAAAGAACAUUGUUCUCUUUUCCAA